GCUGGUGCUGUCAUUGGCUGCGAGAGGUCAUGAGACGGCAUCAGGAAGGAGCUGUGAUUUGCUGCGCUGUCUCCAAUAUUUACCACGCAGAUUGGGUGGAAGAGUUUGGUGCUGGCUCGUCAGAGCUCAGUGAUUUGGCCGCUGAGAAGUUUGACCUCAAGCCGGAGCGCUUUCGGAAUGGCAGGCCGCCUGGCUGGGGAGAAGGCGAAAUAGAGAUCUCCAACGGCCAGAAAUUCUCGCGUGUGGCACCUGUGCAUCCUCACACACAGAAGCCUUUGGGGGAAGGAUGCCGUUGGGAGCGUCAAGCGCUCGAUGGCUUGGACUUUCCAGUUUAUGCAUUUUUUAUGCCCUGAAUAGAGGCCGAUAGUAGCGUCCUUGCUCCUAGUAGCCCUGAAUAGAGGCCGCCAAAGAACAUCGGUCAGUCUCACUUUGCAUCUCUAAGCCCUGAAAGGGCAUCCCAGCCGACAGAAACUCCAGAGGCAAAAUA